GACGUGCUGCACCACUGCUAACCACUCAACCUGACCGAGCCCUUCUCACCAGCUUCCGUGAAGGAGGGGUGAGACAGCAUGUGAGUGCUGCUUGAAGUCAUGGCUGCUGGCAGAUUAUAAUAUGAACGAAAAAAAAAUAAAGAUUUUAUAUUUUAAUGUAUUUCAGACUUAAAAAGAGAGACUACAUGAAAUGGUUUCUUCUUUUUAGUGAAAAUUGACUAUUUAUUGGACGCAGUGAGCGAUAGACAAACUACAGGAUAACACAAUGGCUCAAAUGGACGCAGAGUUUGGUGUGAAAGGCAGCAGCAUCAUCAGGGAGUGGAGUGGACAGGUCCAGCCUGCUCUGGUCGCCUCCUUUGUUUUCCUCUUCUGCCUGGAAGCCUGUCUGUGGGUGAGGAAUCUCAGGCUAAAGAGAAGACUGCCAGGACCCUUCGCCUGGCCCGUGGUGGGCAACGCCAUGCAGCUGGGCCAGAUGCCUCACAUCACCUUCGCCAGGCUCGCCCAAAAAUAUGGCAACGUGUACCAGAUAAGGCUGGGCUGCAGCGAUGUUGUGGUUCUGAAUGGAGAUAAGGUUAUCCGUCAGGCUCUGAUACAGCACAGCACUGAGUUUGCAGGCAGACCAAACUUUGUCUCUUUUCAGGCUGUCUCAGGGGGGAAAAGUAUGACUUUCACAAGUUACAGCAAACAGUGGAAGAUGCACAGGAAAAUUGCUCAGUCAACGAUCAGAGCAUUCUCAUCAGCCAACAGCCAGACCAAAAAAGCCUUUGAGCAGCAAAUUGUGGCUGAAGCCACAGAGCUAGUUGAGAUUUUCCUUAAACUCAGUGCUCAGGCCCAGCAUUUCAACCCGGCUCAUGAGCUGACAGUAGCUGCUGCUAAUGUGAUUUGUGCCUUGUGCUUUGGAAAACGCUAUGGACGUGAUGAUGUUGAGUUUAGAGCCUUGUUACAGAGGUCAGAUGAGUUUGGACAGACAGUAGGGGCUGGCAGCUUGGUAGAUGUGAUGCCAUGGCUUCAGUCCUUCCCUAACCCAGUCCGCAGUAUGUUCAAAAACUUCAAAUACCUAAAUCAAGAGUUCUUUGGAUUUGUCCACAACAAGGUGGAGAAGCACAGAGAGACAUAUGAUCCAGAGGUAACAAGGGAUAUGAGUGAUGCCUUUAUUAGUGUGAUUGACAAGGCUGACAGUGACAACGGACUCACCAAAGGCCACACAGAGGGGACGGUGUCAGAUCUGAUAGGUGCAGGCCUGGAUACGGUCUCCACGGCUCUUAAAUGGAUUCUCCUUCUGGUGGCGAAACACCCUGAAAUUCAAACCAAACUCCAUGCGCUCAUUGAUAAGGUCGUGGGGCGAAACAGGUUACCAUCUGUUGAGGACAGAAGCAGCCUGGCAUACCUGGACGCCUUCAUCUAUGAGACCAUGCGCUUCACCAGCUUCGUCCCCGUCACCAUCCCACACUCCACAACCUCAGAUGUCACUAUCGAAGGUCUCCUCAUCCCCAAAGACACGGUGGUCUUCAUCAAUCAGUGGUCUGUCAACCAUGACCCUCUGAAGUGGAAAGAUCCACAUAUCUUUGACCCUUCGCGCUUCCUGGAUGAAAAGGGCUCCCUGGACAAGGAUCUCACCAACAACGUUAUGAUCUUCUCAGCAGGGAAGAGAAGAUGCAUUGGGGACCAGAUUGCCAAAGUCGAGAUAUUUUUGUUCUUUUCAAUUCUACUCCACCAGUGUAGCUUUGAGAAAUGUGCUAAGGAGGACCUGUCUUUAAACUGCUCCUAUGGUUUAACACUGAAACCUUUAGAUUACAAGAUCACUGCCAAACUCAGGGGAGAAUUACUUACAGGACAAUAAAUAAACGUGACAAUGAGUUCUCCACUUAAAAGAGUAGCAAUGCAAGAUAAGGUAUGUGUUCUAAAAUAAAUAUCCAUGCAUAUGUAUGUUUCACUGAGGAGUUUUAUGUAAUAACCUUAUAUUUAUCCACAAAAACGCAAAUGAUAAGCUUUCUGACUUCUGUAGACAUUUAUUUUUUUUGUGACUAAAGACAGUACUGUACUGUUAUUUCACACAGUUACCCCAAACAUUUCUGCCAGUAUAUGUAUUAAAAGUAAGCACCCUGUACAUGGCAUUAGUAAGCAUGUGAGUCAAAUCUGAACUCAACAGCAGUCUUGCUCCUCAAACUGUGAGUGACUGAGAAAACCUAAAUAUAUCUGUACUGGCUGUGCUACAUCAUGUAAGAAAUAGAAAAAAAUGAAAUGAAACUUUGAUGUUUCCUCCAAACCACAGUUCAUUGUUAUAUAUAUGAGGGUAUUUAGUGGAGUUACCCUAAAUUGCAAUAUAAACCGGUGGUGAUGAAUAAACUUCGCUUUAAGCAUUUUGUUUUUUUCGCUGAUGAGCGGGGGAAAACAUGUGCCAGCUGUGGUCUCAACUGAAUCCUCUGAACAAUUAUUCACCCAGACACUCGUUUAUCUUCGUAUGUAUUGAACUUUGUCACGUCUGAGCUUAAUGCAAAUAUAGUGUGCAAGUCAUCAACAUUCAUGUACUCUUAAAUCUCUAUCUUUACUGUUGUAUUCUGAUAAUAACUCACGUCACAUGUGACAUAUGUCUAAAAGCCACUAAUUGAGGAGCUGGUUAUACUGUCUUCUUCCCUUAGUACCUUACUGUCUGAAUAAUAAGCUAUAUAACAGCUAAAUAAUGUUUUAAUUAUAAGCAUGGCCAAGUGUGAUAUUGUAUGUACAAUAAACAUUAUGUAUUGAUUUCUAA